UAUGUCUUAUACUAUAGAAAGUUAUCUAAGUGUAAAUAUUAACGAAACCAUUGAAAAGCUAUUAAAAAGACUAAGUAAAAGACUAAACUGCUUUGUUCAACUUGUACCUGAAAAUGAUUGCUGCAAUGAUAUCAGAGAAUUAAUUGAUGUACAACACAGGAAACAUGAUGAGUUUACAUUUUACGACUAUCCUAUCGAAUAUCAAAAUAGAACAAUUGGAAUUCUUCAAAUAGGCGAUAAUACAGAAAUUGAAAUAAUUAAAGGCUUUCAAACUCUUAUUAAUCAAUUAAUUAUUAAUCAUUUUAAAUGGAAGAGUAUAAAAAGUUCGAAAAUUGUUCAAGUUGACAAUAUUGAUGAAGAUUUAAUAGAAAAAUUCAUUAAAAAGUUUGAAGAAAUUAGAAAACGACCAACUGUUGAUAAAUGGUCUAGUCAAGAGGCAAGAAGCAACUUUAAAAUUAAAGUUUCAACCUACGCAAAAAGAAACUUACCAAUACCUUUUGUUUUACUUGGUUUCCCUUUUAAAUCGACUAGCGACGAAAAGGUUAUAGGCCAUUUACCUGACAUGGGAGAAUACGUUUGCCUUAAAAGACUAGAAGACUGGUGUGAAAGCGUGAAGGAAAUAUACCCUCCUGGUGUUAGAUUCGUUAUUUGCAGUGAUGGUAGAAUCUAUUGCCGGCUUUUAAAUGUUGAAGAUUCUAUUAUUUUUCAGUAUAGACAUGCUGUUGUUAAUCUUCUUCCCAGUAAUAAUAUAUCAUGGGUUGGAUUAGACGAUUUCUUACCUAAUGAAAUUUAUAAUAGUGAUGCUAAAAGAGAAUUCCUUGAUCUAGUUUAUAAACCUAGUUUAGAAGAGACAAAGAAAAAUAUAUCUGAGAAUGGAAACUUAAAAGUUGUAUUUGAAACUUUUAAACAAUUUGUGAAAGAAGAAAAGAAAUUUGCAUCUAAUGAGUCAGACGAUAAGGAAUGCGAUUGUAUCACUUAUAAAAUGAUGCAAAGAAAUCAAGUGUAUAGUGAUUUUAUGGAAGAUUUAUUCCCAACGCAUAUUCGCUUGUCUAUCCAUUCACACGAUUCAAUUAAGAAAGUUGGAAUUAAUCUACUUGGUGAUGGAGAUACAGCAACACCUGUAACUUUACAAUUCAUAGUAAAAAUAUGA